UACUAUAGGUGGACCGCAAUGUCAAAAUUGCUGUUCGGCCAUUGCUCGUGAAAAAACAAAUUUGUUUACAAAGCAAAUCAUAUCUUUUGGUGACAAAUGCAUUCGUUGGCAAAAUAGCUGCUCGCGCUUCACUGUAGGCAGGUAAUUUUCUGGAUUUUUUUGUAUAACAAUUUCUCAUAAUUGCUUCUACUUUUUCAGAUAUCUACAAUCAGCGGUCGAAUUAAAAACAGUGCAGAAGGAUGUUUUGAGUAUAUUUUACCUUCUAGCCGCGCAAUCAAUGCUUUUCUUUCCAAGCAAGCAGCGUUUUUCGUAUGUGGUUUUAUUGAGCAUUUAAAAGAAAGUGUUAUUUUUUUUUGUUUUAUCACCAGGGCAAAAGCAUGAAAUAGAAUCGUACGUGGUACGAUUUUAUCGGCACAAUCUGAUCAAGGACGGAGGCAUCAUCAAACGGAAACUACGCGAAAAACUUUUCGAAGAGAUAAAACUGCGCCGCAACACUCGUGUGAAAAUGGACGAGUUGGGCUGGGUGCUGAUGAACCACAAUUUGAUAACACGUAAUGAGCCAAUCCAACAGCAUGCCAAUGGUAAUCGACCAAAUAAUUUUAAAUUGAACAUGGAGCGGUUGCGAAACCUACUGGAGCAGCAAGAACAGAACAAUCACGCUGAGUUGACUUCCAAAAAGCAAAACAAAUCCCUGCGUACGCUGGAUGCAAUUUUACAAAACGACAAAGUUUUGAAGGAAAUUAAAGAGAUGGUAGCGGCGAAUCGACUUCUAUCGGAAAUUCGUUAUGUGACUACGGUGGAACGUAUGCUGAAACACAAUUUGGACCCCUCUUUGCGCUGCUGCUUUGUAUGCCGAGAGUAUUUCCGCACUGCCGAUGAGUGUACCAGUCAUUUCGAAAAAUUGCACGGUGAGAAAUUUCUUAUUGUUGCGGAGGUGGAUCGAUUUCAGACUAGUCAAAAGUUCAACGUUCUACAUCACUACAAUGCCCUUAAUCCGGUGACAAUAUUCACGAUUUGCAACGUAUACCACACAGCCCUAAUAAAAAAAACAAGAAAAGACGGGUCUAAUAUUUUACAAUAAAGUCUACAAUCUACCACUUUCCACGAAAAUCGGAGAACCACUAUAUCGGUUAGACAUGGAAUGGCUGAUACAUAUAAGGCAGAAAAAAUGUUUAACUUUGGAAUUCAACAUCCUAUAUUUCCUCGUACCAUUAAGUUCAUGGCGCAUUUGAUGUCGGUCAUCGUAACUGCUUCUGUGGAAAUGACGUGAGCAGAAAAGUGUGGUAAACAAUGUCCGGGUUAUUUUUCGUUAUGAGAACCUUGUUUCCACAUCCUUUUACUGCACAAUAAUACGGCAUCUGAAGUAAAUAAAAUAUUCACAAUAUAAUUUUGGCAUGAUAGAGAACCGCGAGAUGAACGAUUAUCUGUGGAGGAGUUGGACAACAGAUUUCUUAGACUUAUAGCACUUUUAUCACACUCACAAGCUAAUCAAAUCCUCACUGUCCCCCAAAAAUAUUGAAUAAUAUAUAA